GGCGGAGGUAAGAAACAAAGAUGAGCAGCUGUGGCAGUAAAACAGGAGAAACCGCGUCGUGCUGCUGCGCUUUCUCAGCUUUCCUUCAGCGGUGCCAGUACACAAGGGGAUUCAGCCGUUCAGGACGAGGAUGGUGACUUCGAGCCGACUGCAGACAUGCUUGUUCAUGACUUUGAUGACGAGCAGACGCUGGAGGAGGAGGAGAUGCUGCAAGGAGAGACCAACUUCAGUGCAGAGAUAGACGACCUCACUCGAGAAGGAGAGAUGCCUCUUCACGAGCUUCUAAAGAUGUAUGGUUAUGAAGGAGAUUCGGCAGAAGAAGAAGAUGAAGGAACAGAAGAGCAGGAAAUUUCAGAGAAGGAUCAAAGCAGCACCGCUCAACAAAAAUUCAAGGCAAGCAAAGGGGACAGAGAGUCAUGUGACCAAGUGGAGGAUACCUUAUCAUCCAGUGAUGAGUCUGCUCAAAACAGAAGGACACACGGCACAGCUCAGCUUCUCUGUCCUGAGCCAUGCAGCUAUUCUGACAGUAACUUUGCUGAUGAGUCUGAAGAUGAGGAAUAUAUUCCAUCUGAGGAGUGGAAAAAGGAGGUUAAAGUUGGACCAAUGUACCAGGCUGAGACACCUACUGGGCUGUGCAAAUAUGAAGACAACGAAAAGGUGUAUGAGAAUGAUGAUCAGCUUUUGUGGAAUCCGAGGUUGCUGCCAGAGAACGAGGUGGUGGAUUAUUUAGCUGAAGCUUCUAAACGCAGUGGGGAGGAGAUCAGUGGAGAGGCCCUCCCAAAGAGGCCUCCUAUUAAGGACAAUGAGCAGGCUCUCUAUGAGUUGGUGAAAUGCAACUUUAACAAGGAAGAAGCUUUAAAUAGACUGAAGUUCAGCAUAAAGCCUGCUAAAGAGGACCUGUCAUUUUGGACGGAGGAGGAAAAUCGAGAUUUUGAACAAGUUGAAGCAUGUGAAAAGGAUAACUCUGUAGAAGCCAACAAGAUCAAACUCUGGAAUAGAAAAGCCAGUCUUCAUCCUGAUGUCAUGCACGUCACAGGCCGGGUGUUGAGUGAGACGGAGAACGCUGAGGUCAGACAAACUAUUGGUCAUCCUGUUGCUUCCAGCUGUGGCGGUGGCCAGCUGGAAACUGAAAACAGUCUCACCACACACAAAGAUGCUGAUUUCCGUUCUACUGAGCAACUCCUUGCCUGUGUUAGUGACCACACAGGUGACCGUAGCAACACAAAUGGCUCCUCACAUGGUUUAGAUCAUACCACAUCAGACACAAUGUUCCAUUCCAGCCCUAAACCAGACAACAGCAGUCCAAGCAGAGAACCUGUAAGUCGUUUGGUCAGACAGAGAGAGGAUGAGGAGGGCUCAGAGAGCCCCUUGAAAAGACAGAAGACUGAAGUGGAUCUUCUUAUGAAAGCAGCUGUCUCAGGCAGCAGGAUGGAGACAGUUUAACACCAGCAGUAACACUCCAAGAAAAUAUAGAAGGUACAGAUUUGGCUGAAUUUCAGGGAUUCAAUUUGUAAAACAAAAAAAAAAGAAAAAAUCAAAUCUAAGCUUUCUGUGGCUGUGCUGAUCUAAUUCAUACCCCAAAGUGACAUAAUUUAGCAACCAAAAGGUUCUUGUAAGCUUUCUUUGUCAUUUAUUUCUAUCUAGGAGCCCAAGGUAUCAGAGUUCAUUUAUUAUGAGCUAAAAUGUAAAGCACUGUAUCUAGUAAUGCACAUUAGAUUUGUAACUAGAUUACAAAAUCACAACUACUAAAAUAACAAGCUCUGUGAAGUGAUAAAAGUGGCAGCUUUAGCAAAAUGUAAUUUAGAAUUUCAUUUCUUUUAAAAUGAAUACAAGGAGAAGAGUGUGAUAAGGAAACAAAAGAAAACCUCAUUACCCAUUUUUUCUAUGAAAAAAUUCUCAUUACUGAUUUAAACGAUUUUGUAUUCAACAUAAUGAAGCAUAUCAGUUUUAGUUCUGACUGCCCCUCCGCUCCUCCAGUCUAGUUUUGGAAUUUAUAUUUGAGCAUGUGGAGACGUCCUUUUAACACUAUUACUGCUAAAAGGUUUUGUAAGAAAAUAUGUUCAUAUUUUUGUAUUUGAUAGCUAUUUAUAUUUUUAUACAACAGUGGCUGAACAUGAGUUUGGUGCAGAAGGUAUAUUUGUUUCUCUUUACGGGCAGCGUAAGACUGAAUAGUGCUAUUUAUUUCCUGUGACUGUCUGUCUCAGCACUAUUGCUUCAGCCACAUCUUAUUUUUUAAGGUUUAUAGAAUAAUACCAUGUUUGAAGGAUCUUUUUAACAUAAUGCGAGUUGUGUAAACUUUUAUCAUAGUGCUGGUAGGUUGUUUUAUCAUUCUUAUAAAAUUUUAUUUUUCUCUACAGUCUUUUACUAGUAAAUGAAUGUUCAGUAUUUUUCUUUUGGUCUUUUGUCUACUUGCCACAUUUCAUUUGUGAACACUGUAAGCUGAAUAAAGUAGUUAAUUAUUUCUUUGUAAUCUGAACCAAGUAAAGCCUCACACACCA